CGACAAUGGCGCCGCCCGCUACGAAACGCAGAAAGCUCGAGCAGUCCGAGGACGAGAGCGAGGGAAGCUUUGCUGAAUUUGAGGAGCUCGACAGCGCAGGUUCUGACAUUGAAGAGGAGGCGAACGGCGAAGACAGCGAUGUUUCGAUGGAGGGGCCUGCAGAAGGCGAAGACGUGAGCGACGAUGGAGAUGCAGAGGAAAGCGUUGCGCAGAGGAGCAAGACGCCAACAUCAGCUGCGUCGGUCACACCCGCGCAGAAAGCACCAAAGAGGCCAGCUGCGACACUCCAAGACGGUGUCUAUACUUCCGAGUCGUUCAAAUCGAACAUGUUCAAGCUACAGGUCGACGAGCUUCUGGGGCAGGUCAAGCCAAAGUAUGGCAAAAAGGAGGCACCGGCGGAGAAUGCCAUGCGCACAUUGAAGACGAUCAUCGAAUCGAUACCCAGUCGGGACGCUCUGCCAAUCCUAGAAGCCGAAAAGGCUCUCAAGUCUGCCGGCAUCGCGAUACCCUUUCCUAGCCCUCGUCCACUGAAAGACGCAAAAUACAAGCUUUCGUUCGAGCGACCGUCCAGCAUCAACGCAACCGGCAGCUACCCACUGAAAACUGCAACGAAGUCGGAUGAUGGCAUAGCGAUUGACCUCGUAGUCACCAUGCCGAAGUCGUUGUUUCAGGACAAGGACUACCUCAACCACCGGUACUUUUACAAGCGCGCAUAUUACCUGGCCUGCCUGGCUGCCGGUAUCAAGGGAGCGAAGAAGCACAAAUUCGAGCUGUCGUUCGAGAGCUGGCACGGCAAUCAGCUGCAGCCCAUCAUCGUAGUACGACCAAGCGGCAAUGGCGAUGCGGACGACUUCUCCAGCUCGAAGGCUAGGAUCAACAUCAUCCCGGCUCUGCCCGAGAACACGUUUGCGCCAAACAAAUUGCUGCCGAACUCGAAUGCCGUACGACCAAAGGGCGGCGAGGAGGAAGAGACCGCAGGCAAGUCAUUACCGCCGACGCCGUUCUACAACAGCACGUUGCAGUCAGACGCAAAUGUCACCGCCUAUCUGAAACUGCUGUAUGCGACGACUACAAAAGCUGAUGCGUUCAAGGAUGCUUGCACUCUUGGUCGCAUUUGGCUCAAGCAGCGUGGCUUUGGUGGUCGACUGCGAAAGGGUGGUUUUGGCAACUUCGAGUGGGCAGCUCUCGUAGCUCUGCUGCUGCAACCAAACCAGACGACUGGUGCACAACCACUGUCUCCUGGAUACAGCAGCUACCAGCUGUUCAAGGCCACUCUCCAAUUCCUCGCUCGUCAUGACCUGAGCAAGAAGGCUAUCGUUCUGCAGGCGCACAACAUCACCAUUCCCAAGGGUGACACUACACCCGUCUUCUUCGACGGGCCUCGUGGUCAGAAUAUUCUGUUCAAGAUGACACAGUGGUCGUACGCAUGCCUACGUCAAGAGGCAAAGGCGACCGUGGAUAUGCUGAGCGACACCGUCUUUGACCAGUUCGACUCGACUUUCAUCCUGAAGACAGAGCUCCUGAAGCUCAAGUACGAUGCCACUCUCGAGAUCCCUCUGUCAGCACUUGGCCUCGACUCAGCGAGCGAAGAGUACGACCAGCAACUCGGCGAUGCUUGCCGGAAGCUGUACGGCACCUUAAACCGUGCGCUUACUGACAGAGUUACAUCGGUAUCUUUCACAAUGCCAGAAGAAGACACUUGGUCGAUUGCCGCACGACGACCACAUGAGAAGCAGCGCAAGAGCAUCCUCGUCAACUUGGCGACUGACCCAGCAAAUGCCAAUCGAACAGUCGACCAUGGACCGGCGGCAGAGAAGAAGGAAGAAGCGGCAACGUUCCGCAAGUUCUGGGGCGAGAAGUCAGAGCUCAGACGAUUCAAGGACGGCAGUAUCACUGAGAGUGUGGUCUGGUCUCUCAAAGAUGCGUCAGCCUCUGUCAUUGAGCAGAUUGUGCGCUAUAUCCUCCAGCAACACAAGAUUGUGCAGUCAGCGGACAACCUCAGAUUCACUGGCGAUGCUUUUGCCCACCUUGUCAGUGCUGGGCGCAUUCAAGGCGCUUCAGGCGUGACACCGUUCCUGCCUAUCAUGAAUGCCUUCGCCACGAUGGAGAAGGAAAUUCGUGCUCUUGAAGGCCUGCCAUUGUCGCUGCGUUCAAUCAAAGCUGCGGAUGCACAGCUGCGCUACGCGUCUGUGGAGCCUCCUACUGCCGGCCACGCGCCUGCAUCGGUCGUGCUUCAGUUCGAGGGCUCUGGACGUUGGCCUGACGACCUCUGUGCUAUUCAGCGGACCAAGAUUGCUUUCCUGCUGCGUAUUGCAGACCUCUUGACCGAGACGGAGUCCGAGUAUGUCUCUCGUGUUGGUCUCGAGAACCCAUCACAGCCAGCACAGAACCAAGCUUUCCUGGACGUCACAUCCGCCGCAGGUUUCACCUUCCGGAUCCGCAUAUAUCACGACCGCGAAGUCACACUGUUCGAACGCCAACUCAAAGACAAGACCCUCGACGCGCCCUCCCGCGAAUCCGCAGCUGCAUCCCUCGCCCUCUACAAGCGUGAAUUUGUGCAAUCGCCACUCCACUCACAGGUCCUCCAAACACUCUGCACACGCUUCCCCGCUCUCUCACCCUCCAUCCGCCUCACAAAGCGCUGGUUCGCCUCACACCUCCUCACCCCACACUUCUCCCCCGAACUCAUCGAACUCCUCGUCAUCCGCACAUUCCUGCAACCCUACCCCUGGUCCGUCCCAUCCACAUCAACAACCGGCUUCCUGCGCACGCUCGCCUGGCUGGGCCGCUGGGACUGGCGCCACGAGCCGCUCAUCGUGGAUUUCAGCUCCACGUUCUCUGCCAACCCGGCAGAUCUUGACGAUGCAAGCCAGCAGAAGGGCAUGAAACCCAGCGAUCUCGAGCGUCUGCAGACCCGCUUCGAGGCCUGGCGCAGGAUUGAUCCGGCGAUGAACCGCGUCGUGCUCUUCGCAGCCACGAACCUCGAUGAAGAAGGCACGACAUGGACGGACAAAGCGAAGCCGGAGAAGGUGGUAGCCGCGCGCCUCACUGCCCUGGCGAAAGCUGCUUCCACGGCCGUGCGCGCAGACGAAGACCGGUUGUUGGCGCACAUCAACAGCAGUAAAGACGCCCCCACGCCCGCACUGUCGCCAGAAAGUCUGUUCACAGCCAGCACAGCCGAGUACGACAUCCACAUCAGUCUCGCUUCGAAAUACACCCCUUCCCACUCCAAAAAGCGGAAGAGCAUUUCGAACCAGCAGUUCAAGAAUCUCGAGAUCCAGCACGCAACCCUUAUCCAGCCCGCCAGCACCCCGCUGCCCGCGCUCUUCGCACAGGAUCUGCUCGACGUGUACGGCGAUAGUGUGCUGUGGUUCUGGGAUCCAGAGACGCUGGAUAAGAUUGUGGGGUUGUGGAAUCCGAUUUCGACGGGCCAGAGGACGUGGAAGGUUAAGCCCGGGUGGAAUAGUGUGCCUGUUAAGGUUAAGGUGUCUGAGGAUGAGAAGGAGAAGGGCAAAGAUGUUGAGAUCAGAGUGAAUAAGGAGGCGGUUUUGAAUGAGAUUAGGAGAUUUGGUGGGGAGUUGAUUAAGAGCAUUGAAGUCAAGGCCUAGUUUAGGAGGCGGUAGCUAAGCG